AUGGUGACUGCUGCAGCAGGACCUGCAACACCCCAGAGGUUUCUUCCGAGCUUCUCAGAUGCUCUGGUUGCCAAGGACGCCCAGGUGCCAUUAGGGGAGCUGACUAAGGCUUUGGAAGAGAAACCAGAUGAUGCACAAAAUUAUUGUCAAAGAGCUUAUUGUCACACCCUUCUUGGGGAUUAUUGUGAUGCUGUUCCUGAUGCAAAGAAAUCUCUUGAACUUAAUCCAAAUAAUCCCACUGCUAUGCCGAGGAAAGGGAUAUGUGAAUACCAUAAAAAAAACUAUGCUGCUGCUCUAGAAACUUUUACAGAAGGACAGAAAUUAGAUAGUGCGGAUGCUGAUUUUGGUGCCUGGAUUAAAAGGUGUCAAGAAGCUGAGAAUGAGUCACAAUCCAACAUGUCUGUAUCCCAGAGGACUCAUCAGUCAAAAAUCCAGUAUGACUGGUAUCAAACUGAAUUUCAAGUAAUCAUAACACUUAUGAUCAAGAAUGUUCAGAAGAAUGAUGUAAAUGUGGAAUUUUCAGAAAAAGAGUUGUCUGCUUUGGUGAAACUUCCUUCUGGAGAGGAUUAUAGUUUAGAACUGAGACUUCCUCAUCCUAUAAUACCAGAACAGAGCACAUUUAAAGUACUUUCAACAAAGAUUGAAAUUAAGAUGAAAAAGCCAGAGGCUGUGAGAUGGGAAAAGCUAGAGGGGCAAGGAGAUGUGCCUAAGGCAAAAUAGUUCAUCGCAGAUGUAAAGAUCCUAUAUCCAUCAUCAUCUCAUUAUACAAGAAAUUGGGAUAAAUUGGUCAGAGAGAUCAAAGAAGGAGAAAAGAAUGAGAAGUUGGAGGGAGAUGCAGCUUUAAACAGACUAUUUCAGCAGAUCUAUUCAGAUGGUUCUGAUGAAGUGAAAUGUACCAUGAAAAAAUCAUUUAUGGAGUCUGGUGGUACAGUUUUGAGUACAAACUGGUCUGAUGCAGGUAAAAGGAAAGUUGAAAUCAAUCCUCCUGAUGAUAUGGAAUGGAAAAAGUACUAAAUAAAUUAGUUUACUAUCAAAAAA